CGCGGACGCUGCAGGCAGUCAGUGCCUAUUCUUGGGGUAUAGAUCCCAUCACACCUGAGCACCUUUCUGCUGGCAUGAAGAGAGGGCUUCAGAUCCCCCAGACCAGGAGGACCAGAACUGGGACCAGGAGCUCUGUCUGCCAGGGACUUCAUACAAAGGAUUGCUACUUCACAAGUAACUGAGAAGUUCCUGUUCACUGUACAGUCUCUGCGCUGACCUGGUAUCUGGGGUUGGACUUGUCCUAGGGGGAUCCCUUGGCUCGGAUUUAUCCCAAGGAAUUCUCCUCCUUGGGCUUGUCCUGAGAGAAUCCCCUUCUCUGGACUUCGUUUGAGGGGUCUCCUGGUUUCGGCUUGUUCUGAGAGGAUCCCCCUCUGUACUUGGCUUGAGGGGUCUCCUGGUUUUGUCUUGUCCUGAGGGAAUCCUCUUUUCUGGACUUGGCUUGUGGGUUCUCCUGGUUUAGGGUUUUAGCUAAGGUUCUUCUGGCUUGAACUUUCUUCUUGUUUGGAUUUACUAUAAGUGAUGUUCUCUGGGAUUUAUCUCAGAUCCUAUGGGCAAAGAGAGCCGGUGUCAGAGACUGUACUGGCUUCUCCCUGCUCUCCCAGACAUUUGCCCUGUGCAUCGGUGUGACCCGGCGCUAUGCAUCUUGGACUGUGGCAUCUGCUGCUUUGUCUCUCACUUCUGUCCACAAGGGCUGAUUCAGAUGUGACUCUUCGCUUUCUGUCUGAACCCCUUUCCACUGUCCAGAAGCCGGGGAGUGUGGUGACAUUAUUAUGUUCUGCAGAGUCACCACAGCUACACAUUUCAUGGUUAUUUAAUGAAAAGUUGUUGGACAGACGACAAAGCCAGGAUGUGGCCAUUCAGUCUGGGCACCUGACCAUCCCAGCUCUUACUCCCCAGUAUGUUGGACGGUAUCAGUGCAUGAUGAACUCUAGUGCUGGGUCUAUAAUAAGUGCACCCGCAGUCGUGUCUAUGGCAUAUUUGGAAGAUUUUGCAAACUCCUCAAAAGUCACCUUGGUGGCUGAAGAAGGAAGCAGCGUGAUUAUUAACUGCAGCACUCCCCGCAGUGCCCCCCAUGCUGAGAUGCAUUAUAAAGUCAAAGGGAAAUGGCUGGACCGAUCGACUGAUAAGUACCUGAUCUUACCCUCAGGAAAUCUCCAAAUUUUCAGUGUUUCAUUGGAGGACCGCGGACCCUAUAAGUGUGCUGCCUAUAAUCCAAUGACUCACGAGCGAAAGAUAAGCCCCUCGGUCUACAAGCUGUCUAUAAGCGAUCGACCUCAAGAAGAUGCCAGUGUCAUGCAUCCGGUCGUCACUCACAAGUUGUCCGUAUACCUACAUGAUUCUGUGACUCUGGAAUGUGCAGGUGGGGGAGCAAGCGAUUUGAACAUUCAGUGGUAUAAAGAUGGAAACAAUGCUAUGGCAGAUGAUCGGAGGAAACUGUGGUACACCCAUCUAGUGAUUGAGGAUGUGGAAGCCCUGGAUGGGGGUAACUACUCCUGUCAGGUGGGAGCUACAACUUCUGUCAAUUAUACAGUCGCCAUUCUAGAGCGUCCCUCUAUCUAUCAGCCCCCUGAGGACCAGUCUGUGGUGCUAGGCAGCGAUGUCAGCUUUAUUUGUGAGGCACAGGGUAUUCCAUCUCCUAAUAUCACCUGGCUGCACAAUUCCAAGACGGUUUCUCCUUCAUCACGCCUCCGCCCUUUGGGGAGCAAACUUCACAUUGCCAAUGUGAUGGGGGAAGAUUCCGGGAUGUAUCAGUGUAUGGCGGAUAAUGGAGUAGGAGCAGUACAGUCGGCAGCAAGACUCCGGGUACAAUCAGAAUCAGGCUCCAGGCCCACUAUUGUGUUGCCCCCUACAAGUGUGAGCGUUGUGAUUGGAGACUGGGUGACCCUGACCUGCAACGCCACUGGUCACCCCACACCCUUCAUCCGCUGGUUCGACAGCAAUGGCGCAAUUAGUAGUCACCCUUCCCAGAUCCUGCGUCCGAAACCUCGCAAGGCAUCGCAGUCCAGAACUUCAGUCAGUUCCAACCAGGACCCAGCGCAUGUGAUCAUGUCUCAGGCCGGAUCCAGCUCCUUGUAUAUCCCAGCAGUCACAGUACAGCAUGCUGGGAAAUAUGUCUGUGAGGCGUCCAAUCAGUUUGGCUGGACACGAGCAGAAGCCACCUUGACAGUUGUUCCCUAUGAUAUGAGCACGAUACGGUCGGUACUCCCGGUGACACCAGGAGGGUCAAGAUCCGAAGAUGCCAUCCCUACCAGCGCUGUCCCCACAGAAAAGCCUGUUAAUGUUGCCAUGUUACCUGACGCUCCCAUCAUCCUCAGUCCACCACAGGCCACCAAGCCGGACACCUAUUUCUUGGUGUGGCGAUCGGGGCGGGAUGGCGGUCUACCAAUAAAUGCAUACUUUGUGCGCUAUCGAAAGUUGGAUGAUGAUGGAAAUGUGGCGGGAUCUUGGCAUUCCAUACGGGUGCCAGCCAGCGAGAACGAGUUCUCUCUCUCAGAACUGGAACCUUCCAGCCUAUAUGAGGUGCUGAUGGUGGCCAGAAAUGCAGCAGGCGAGGGACAACCAGCUAUGCUGACCUUCCGAACAAGCAAAGAGAAGAGCUCGUCUUCCAAGAACACACAGGCUCCUUCCCCUCCAAUUGGCAGACGUCAUCAAGACAUUCUGCAGGAAAACUUCAACUCCAACUUUGGGCUGGUUCAUGACUCCUUCCGACACAGCAGUGUUCCUGAAGCCCCUGACCGUCCAACCAUCUUUAUUGCAUCUGAGAGCUCUGUAUUUGUGACAUGGAUCCCAAGAGCAAAUGGAGGCUCCCCAAUAACCUCCUUCAAGGUGGAAUAUAAGAAAGCAGGGAGGCCCUGGAUGACGGCUGCAGACAACAUUCACCCAUCUAAGCUGUCUGUGGAGGUCUCCAGCCUAGAGCCAGGAGCGGUGUAUAAAUUCCGGGUAAUUGCCAUUAAUACAUAUGGGGAGAGUCGGCGCAGUACAGUAUCCCGACCUUAUCAAGUACCCGGAUACAUCAGUCGCCUCCCCAACCCCUUGAUCAUUGGCCCUCAUAUUGACCACACGGAGGCAGUGACGGACACACAAAUCAUGCUGAAGUGGACUUACACCCCAGCAAACAACAACAACACCCCCAUCCAAGGAUUCUACAUCUACUACCGCCCCACCGACAGCGACAAUGACAGCGACUACAAGAGGGAGGUCGUGGAAGGUGAGCUGUGGGGUCAGUUGAGGGGCACAAAGCAGCGACACCUGAUAAGUCACCUGCAGCCCGAGACCUCUUAUGAUAUCAAAAUGCAAUGCUUCAAUGAGCGGGGUGCAAGCGACUAUAGCAAUGUCAUGAUGUGUGAGACUAAAGCGCGCAGGAGCCCUGGGGCCUCGGAGUACCCGGUGUUGGAGCUCAGUACACCAGCUGUCGUAAAGCGAGUUGAAAUGGGCAGCUCCAGCUCCUCCAGUACACCGGCACGGAGCGGAGACAUGCUCUAUGUGAUUGUGGGCUGUGUUUUAGGUGGGAUGGUCCUGAUCCUGAUGGUUUUCAUUGCUAUAUGUCUCCUGAAACACCGGCAGCAGAGCCUCCUGCACAAAUUUGAGCCUCCUGGAUACCUCUACCAAGGGUCAGAUCUCAAUGGUCAAAUGAUUGAAUAUACUACCUUACCAGGAACGAGCCUGAUCAACGGAAACAUUCAUGGAGGAUAUAUGGGAAAUGGAACCAUCACCAAUGGCUGCCCCCACAUGCAUCAUAACGUCCAUAAUGGAAUGAACGGCAUCAUAAAUGGAGAACUAUAUCCUAACUGUCUGAAUUCUCUUAAAUCUUGUCCUGACUAUGAGCACUUCCCACACAGUACCUCCAAUGGCGGUGUUAUUUAUUCAUCUGUACCCCAGGUGGACCCAUCAGAGUGUCAAAAAUGCAGAAACUGCUGCAACAAUAACAGGUGUUUUAACAAAAUCAGUGACUCUUACAUCAGCAAUGGCACAGCCAGGGCUCCAUACCAAGAGGUGGCCCAAGAAGGUAAACCACUCAGUUCUGUGUCGGUGCCUAUGAACUUAACAGCUGGAGAACCUGAGUGUACACCAGAAUUAGAGGGAGACCUUAAAGAAGAGGAUGUGCCGACACACCAUGAUGGGGUGCAAGAGAUUAAAGCCAUGUCUCAUGAAGGUGAUGGUUGCUCCAGUACAAAAGAGGAAUGCAUCAGAUCACCAACUCCUCCUGUCCUCCCCAUUGUCCUAAAUAACUGUGAUGAGAACAAAACACGGACGUUAGAAAACUCAACCAACGACCUUCAUCAGCAGCUGCCAAUGCCAGAAGAAUGAACAGAACUAUAUGUACUGUUCUUUUCUCUUAUAAAGACCAGCGUCACGUGACUGUGGACAAGACAACACCUAUUACAAUGUAAAUUGUAGUCGUGGUUUGGGUUGAUCAAGAUGAGUAAAUUACUUGUAUGUACCAAUGCUGUACCACCUGCCAAACGCCGGUCACAGUACAAAUGACAUCCACCUUCUCCAUUCAGUGCAGACAGCCAAGUUGUGGCCAGCAAUAGAGAUGCCUUAAAAGCUCUUGAUACAUAUGCCAGGCCAGUAGGCAUAUACAUACAAUUCUGCUGCACUUUACUCUAGGCAUACAGUAAAAAAAUGUAUACUGCACAGUAUAUAUUUUUUAUGUUUUUCAGUGACGUUUUAUAGGCAACGUAUACCACUGCAUGCCUAUACCGUGGCAUAAGUGAGGAACUACUUCCGAGGUAGACCUCUGCUGGAAAUAGCUAAUUGAACUAAUAUCAUACUUUUUUAAUCCUGCUUCCUAAUCCGUCACAUGACUUUUGGUGCAACCAAUCAUGACGGAUUUAUUUUAAAUCUCGCCGUUAAGAACCCCCCGCCCCCCUUGUUAGUCCUAGGUUGAAUGGUACUAGAAGAUGAGUUUGUAACAUUCUGCAGGUAUCAUGGUGUCGAUACGAUCAUUUCUCAGCCUGUGAAUAUAUUGUAAGACUGUCGUGGCCGAGUAUCGCAGGAUGGCGUAUGAGUCAAUGGCAGAGAGAAGCACUUUAGUUCUUACUCUGUCCGUGUUAUAUAUGAUUAAAUUAUAUAAAGAUAUCUAUUUAAUAUUACUUAUGCACUAAACUGACUGUUCUAAUAACCAGUAGCGACCUAAUCCUGUACAGAUGUGUAUACAGCAUGGAUUAUCCACAUGUGCUCCCGAAGACUUUUUUUGUUUGUAAUUUUUUUAUUUCUGUGUUUUGACAUGGGAAAAAUCAUAAUAUUCAUCACCCAAAAUGCGGCACAAUGAUGGUGGGCUAUGUCAGUAGAGCGAAAAUGAAGAAGUGUUAAAUAUAUGGUUCCAAUCGAACAUAUUCCGUUUUAUAAAUGGUAGUGGCAGCCACUUUGUUGGCCGCGUCUUAUUAGCCUAGAAUGAAGCGUACAACCUAGUCUCGGGAUCAGUGAUUUUGGCAGUGUCUAGGUGGCUGCCUCCACUCUGCAAGUAACAAUCCUAAUAAAGCAGAACUUCACUCAGAUUUUUAAAAAUGUUGGUUUAAUGUCAACUCUUUGUCAACUUCUUUGCUGACACAAGCAAAAGGAUUUCAGUAGCUGAGAUAUAAAGUGUGAUGGUCUUCACGCUGUAAUGCUGUUCAUGUGCUCGCCUGUAACACGAAGGGAACAUGGGGGUCACAGAGGAUUUUCAUGACUAACAAAACAGAACCCUGCUAAACGGGUGCUUCCUGGUGACAACCUUAUUACUCCGUGUUACUGAUAGGCUUAAAGGGAGUUUCCACUCACCCCCCAUUGGUCAGCUGUUUUCAGCAGCCACCAGCACCAGAAACUCAAUAGUGGGGAGAGCCGGAAGCAGAAGGCUUCAUCCACUGGCCUACAGCUCCCAUAAAAGUUUAUUUGUGACUAAUCAGACUGAUCUUACAAGAUUAUGAAAUUAGCCAUUUACACCCACAGAUAUUUUAUUUAGCUAGAACCUUUCUCAUCUGAUCACCCUAAAAUAAAACCUUUGUACUUACUACAAUGGAGUUGCCUUUGACAUGCUGUUUCCAUGCUACAGUCAUUGUGACAUCAGAUUCCUGGCAGAUCAGAACGCUUUCAAUCAGAUUCAGACCAAGUCACCAUUUACACACCAAAUAUGCCCAUGAAAAAAAUGUAGGCGUUUUUGUGAAAAAGGCAUUAGUGUGAAGUCACACGGUGUGGAUUACGUGUGUUCUUCAGCACAGGUUGUUGUGCGAAAAAAAAAAACAGAUCUCGUGUGCAUUUUUCUUUUUUCCUCAGUGCUGAUAUAACUUGCAGCACGUCAAUUGUUUUUCCGCACUUUCUGUUAAGUUGUUUUCUCCAUAGACUUCAAUGGGGUUGUUGACAAACAGAAAAUCCACAGCCACAACAACAAAAAACAUACAAAAAAUGCACCAAAGCUGCUAUAAAUAGUGCAGUUUUGGUGUAUAUUUCAUGUAGAGUUUCUGCACACAAAGCUGAACUGUGUGCAGGUACCCUAAAUUUGUGAAGCACUUUGACCCUAUCGACAGCUCCAUGUAUCUCAGCUACCUGGACCAUUCUGUUUGUCAUGUUGGUCAGAGUAGAACAUUGGCAUUGGCUAUACCUUUAGCUGAAUUUUUAGUGGAGUUGGAUUAUUCCUACAAGCCCUGUUCUGUUGGUAGAAAGUAAAUGACUUUUGAGCAUAUUGUUCCUUUUUUUGGGAAGGCAAGCGAAGACAGGAAGUCGCGUAUACCGUACAUUAUAUGGAUACUUGACCCUGUGCAGCAGCAGUGGCCUCCAGCCUGGACGGGUGCAAUAUGCCCUAAGCAGAUUCUUUCUCACCUAAUUACUAACACACUACCCUGCAGGUCUUCUCUGGACGGCGGACACGGCUAGAUCCCACGCAUUGUCUGCAGUACUCAUCUCUUUGAUCCAAAGCAUACCUAGAAGCCAGUUGCAUUUCCCGCCUACAUCCAGUGCCCAUGUUUGUAAUGAGAGUACCUAAUUUAUGACAUGUACCUAUGUAUAUACCGGUAAUUUUUUUUAUUUUUGCACGUGUUUCCACUAGCGUAUUUCAAUAUAGACUGUAUAGAGUGUUCUCCACAGAAAAUCCUAUUAACCUAGAGGGAAAAAAAACUCCCCUUCCCUAACCCCAAGCCGACUAUUAAGCCACAGCAAUUUUCUUUGUGCAGCUUCUGUGCGGCUGCUUUUAUGUAAUUUAUUAUAAUGACGCUGUUCUAAGUGUCCCGUUUUAUUGUAUUAUUAUUUAUGACAGAAGUAUCUAAUAGUCCGGCUGGCUCGUCAAUGGUUGUUAUAUAUUAAUAGGAGGUCGGCAGCUUGAGAUUUAGGCCGUAGUCAACCAAUGGACUAACAAUUAAAAUUACGUAUCUGAGAUGACGAGACUUCUAGAGAUUGCCCUAGGAUAUAUUAUUACUUUAUGUUUAGGUAUCAUGGAGGCUUGAUAAUACCAUGGUGCGGCUAGCAGUUAUUUCUACAUGCACCAUGCUGCACUUUUACUCUUGUGAUUUUCAGUGCCAUUGAAUUCAUGUAGGACAACAUUUUUAUCCGACUGUAGGUCACUCAAGGUAAAGUCUAACCAGCCCCAGAGAAACUACGUGGUAUUAACUGCAAUCAAUGGGUAGCCACUGAUUUUAAUGGACACCAGUGGUCCUUAGCAGCAAAAAGUGUGUAUUAGGGCUUAUUCACCACAUAUAGUCUAUCAGUGUUUUUUUUUGCCACGAUUUACCAAAAAUUAAAUAAAAAAUGUAUCAUGAUCUGACUACACUGUGUGAAUUAGCCUUUACAUGGCACCAAAUGAAAUUUUCAGGUGCCCAUUGAAAUCCAGCUUUACAGAGGUGCCCUGUGUCACCUAUGUCCACUUAUGAAGUAAUAUAUUAUUUUUUUUUUUUAGCAAAUAAUUGUUGUUCUUUGUAUGAUGAAUGAAAAGUUAUGAAAUUUUCCUAAAUACCUUCCAUAUCGAUUUGUCAAAGUUUUCUGCUUGUUGCCAUUUAAGAGUGCUUUUACUUAUAGGUUUUUUUCUGGAGUUUUCCUGCACCUUUAUGUUUUUAGUGUAUUCAUAUGACCAUAUGUAUUUUGUGGUCCGCAAAACGCAGAUCCACAAAAAAUACAGAUGAUGUCCAUGUUGCAUCCGGUUUUUGUGCAGGGGGUGAAAUCCGCAUCCAUAUCAUACAAGCAGAUUCACAGCCGAAAAAAGUUGGCAGCAUGUGGACCUAUAGUUUACUUCCAGGGGAUGACCACAUGACUGGGACACAUUAUUAUCCCCUUCGAGCAAACCAAAAAAGUUCCUACUGAAUGACACCAAGCAAAGAUAUUGAAAACCUGUUAACUUUUCAUUAUACAAAGAAUAUUUAUUUGCUGAAACGUCAAUCUUUUAAACAGAUUGUAUCCUCUAAUGAGCUGAAGGCUGCAUUGUUCAUGGGUACGGAGUCUGUGCUAGUGAUUCUUUCAUUAUAUCUUAUGCCACUAAGCACAUAUGUAACAGGUCUUCUGGGAAUUGUAGUUCCACAAAUACCAGAGCGACUCUCCGUUGCCGCUGUAUUCUCCAUGUGCCUGUCGUACAGCACUUUCUGGGAUUGUACAAGUUUGUCAUUUGCUGUCAGUCUAUAAAGUGGUGUCCUCCCCAACCCCCCUGUAUGUACAUACUCUAGAAAUCACAUACGUGGAGACCGCUCAGGCGUUAGGACCUCUGCUCAGAACUUGCUGCCUUUUUUUCUUUUCUUUUUUUUCUGCAAAGUAUAAAGUGUUAUUUCUUAUCAUAGAAAAUUACUUUAUUUUCCUAAGAAAAAAACAAAAGCUGUAAUAUUCUUUUCUCAUUUGUACAGAAUUGUAACUGUUGUAGUAUUUUUUUUUUUUUUGCCAGGGUUUUAUCUUUUUGGUUAUAUUGUAAUAUAAUGUUAUUAAAAAAAAACAGAUGCCUAAU